AUGUCGCUGGAUAUAUCGAGAGAUACAUUAUCAAAAUACAAAGUUGUGAAAUCAUUUUCGGUUCAAGAAAAAGAAGUGUCACCAGUGACGUCUUUAUCGUUUGAUGAUCAUGGGAAAUAUUUACUCACUGCAGCAGCUAAUGACAAUAUGCACCUUUAUGAUGCAGUUUCCUGUAAAUUUCUUAAUACGAUAGGAUCCAAGAAGUAUGGCUGUCAUUCAGCAAGAUUUACACAUGCUCAGAACGAAUGUAUUUACUCAUCGACGAUGAAAUCAUUUGAUAUCAGACAUUUGAACCUCGAAACAAAUCAAUACAUUCGUUAUUUCACAGGCCAUGGAGCUUUAGUACAUGAUAUACAGAUGAGCCCAUUGGAUGAUACAUUUAUUUCUGCCUCUUAUGAUGAGUCUGUCAGACUCUGGGACCUAAGAUCAUCAAAGGCUCAAGCAAUUAUCCCUAGUUUGGUUCCAAAUUGUAUUGCUUACGACCCUUCUGGUUUAGUAGUUGCGCUUGGUAACCCAGAAUCAAUGGAGUUAGCAUUAUAUAACUUGAAACAACUGGGAAAAGGACCAUUCCUAACAGUGAAGAUUGAUAAUGAGUUUAAUAAUUGGAAUAAGAUGGAAUUUUCGAAUGAUGGAAAAUAUUUGUUAUUGGCAACUUCAUAUGGGAAACAUCUAGUAUUGGAUGCAUUUUCCGGUGUACAAUUAUUCGAAUUAACCGGAACUAAGCCAUUCCCCUUGAGAGAAUUCAUGGAUGCUGGGUCAGCAACAUUUACACCGGAUGGUCAAUUUAUUUUAGGUACCGAUUAUGAUGGAAAAGUCGCCAUAUGGAAUCAUUCUGAUUCUAUAAGUAACAGAACCUUAAAACCAACAGCAUAUAUACCCGCAGCACCAGAUUCAUGUCCUAGAUCGAUAGCCAUGAAUCCUAAAUAUUCAAUGUUUGUAACUGCUGAUGAAAAUGUCGAUUUCUAUGUAUUUGACGAAGAUAAAUAG